AUGGCCGCCGAGCUGCGAAAGCUCCCUGAACUCGCUCUCCUACGCCGUCAUUUGGGAUAUCUACUCGCUGCCCGAUCACAGCACGGUGACUUUGCGGACUACCACGAAAGACUUCACCCAGGCCAGGCGACCCUGGAGUGUCCCUGCGGCCGCCAAACGUCGCCUACCCAUCUCUUCUACUGCAGGAAAGUCCCUCACCAUCUCCGGGCUCGGCUGACACCCGACCCUGAAACGGCGAUAGGACGGAUCCUCGGUAGAUCCUACAAGGUUUACCUGCGCAUUGCGAACUUCUACUACACGAAGAUCAACAAGCGUUACUAA